AUGCAAGAAAAUGCACGGUAUGAUCGGCAAAUUCGUCUGUGGGGCGAUGAGGGUCAGUCUUGUAUUGAGCAUGCUAGUGUUUGCGUACUGAGUGUAUCUGCUUUGGGAUGUGAAAUUGUCAAAAGUUUGGUACUUGCUGGUAUCAAAUCAGUGUAUAUCAUCGAUUCUGCCGUCAUACGCAAACCAGAUUUAGGCAAUAAUUUUUUUGUUGAUGGCGAAAUUGGUCAGCCGAGAGCGAGAGUUGCACUGCGAUUGCUUAUGGAGCUAAAUCCAUCAGUGCAAGGAGGCUUCGAUUUAGGGAAUCCUGACGAUAUCAUUACCAAAGACAUGGAUUUCCUAAGACAAUUUACUGUUGUUGUGGGAUGCAAUUUGAAUAUUGACGUUGCUGCACAAAUAAAUGACUUUUUGUUUGAGAAAAAUAUACCUUUUGUUCAUGCAAGGGCAUAUGGUCUUGUCGGAUUUAUCCGAAUUUCCGUUCAAGAACACACAAUCAUUGAUACACACGAGGAGAAUGUACCACCCGACUUAAGGCUCGACUGUCCGUUUCCGGCGUUGUCUGAAUUGGUAGAUUCGAUAGAUCUAAACCGGAUGCAUUAUGAUGCUCAUUCCCACACACCGUAUUUAAUUUUAUUUCUGAAAGCGCUCACAUUGUGGCGAGAGAAGUACGGUCAAGAUGAUUUCCCCGAUAACCACGAAAAACGAAAAACAUAUGAAGCGAUUUUUAUGUCACUACGGAUGCCGCACCCGGAAAAUGGAUCUGUUCGGGAACAAAACUUUGUCGAAGGACACACCGCAAUGGUUCGCUCGCUGAAACGAACAACAAUACCAUUGGAAGUAAAAGAAUUAUUGGAUCAUCCGAAAGCACGACAGGCAAAUCUGGAACAGUUUUGGUUGUUGACCGCAGCCCUGCGGCGUUUUGUCAUUACCCAUAAAGUUCUGCCUGUGCGAGGUAGUUUGCCUGACAUGAUCAGUGAUUCGGAAAGCUAUGUUGUUCUAGCAACAAAGUUUCGAGAUAAGGCCAAACAGGAUGCAAAGGAGGUAAUGAGUUAUCUUCAUGCAUUUCUCGCAGAACGAGGUGUAUCAACUGAUAUCAUUAAAUUCCAUGACUGUGAGUUUUUCUGCAAGAAGGCUGCCUUUCUGCGAGUUCAGCACGGAACGACCAUUGCGCAGGAAAUGAAGUCAUCAUUGGAGGAAGUGUUCAAUGGUAUACGAAAUGCUAACUUUGAACCUAAUUCCAUAACAGGUGUUCCUGAGAUAUCGCCAGCAGUGUGGUAUAUUUUAUUGAGAGCUAUCGAUAGGUUUCAUUCCGAAAAAUCGCGUUUCCCGGGAACAAAUGGCGUACCGUGCACUAUAGAUGCUUAUGAUCUUAAAGCAAGAGUAGUUGACUUGAUCACGGAAGUUGAAGAUAGAAGCAAAAUAUUAGAAAAAAUUCCGCAGAUAGCAAUUGAUGAAAUGUGUCGUUAUGGCGCUUCUGAACUACAUGUUAUUGCUUCGCUGAUUGGUGGUAUCACAGCACAAGAAGUGAUCAAAUUAAUUACUCACCAGUACAUACCCCUCAAUAAUACAUUUGUUUUUGAUGGUCAUACGCAGCGUGCCGAAACAUAUCGACUAUGA